GUGACCUGCGCGGAAAGAAACGAAUGUUGUUGCUCCUCCGUCUCCUACUUUUUGACUGUUUAAUCGAGUUUUAAAGAUGACGAAGACAGGAAAACCGGACUCUUACUGGGCUGGUGUUAUGCAGCUGUAUGCUCAGGGCAAGUUCCGAUUUACCACCGGGAAGAGACCUGGAGCCAGAAGAUGGAAAUCUGUCAUCCAGCGGAUAGACACAUGCCCACUGACUCCUGCCUUCAACCAAAAAGUCAGGACAAUCGACAUAUUUGGGAAAAAAAUUCCCUGCAACUGUGGUUAUCAUACGAGCAAUGUUGUGAACAUUGUGGGAAAAAGGUCAUGGGUGCAGUUGGUUUGCUUCAUCAUAUUGAAGAAGGUCAUGAGCCACCAGGCAAAACAUCACCAUCUAUGCCAGACCAACAUCAAGCAUUUAAACUACAUGGGAUACCAGCAACUUCACCCCAUAAACCAGCAGCAUCUCCCCAGAAACCAGCAAUACUUCCCCAUAAACCAGCAGCAUCUUCCCAGAAACCAGCAAUACUUCCCCAGAAACCAGCAGCAUCUUCCCAGAAACCAGCAAUACUUCCCCAGAAACCAGCAGCAUCUUCCCAGAAACCAGCAAUACUUCCCCAGAAACCAGCAGCAUCUCCCCAGAAACCAGCACUUCAGCCACAACAGUGCCUUGCAACAGUGCAACACCCCCAGCCAACUCCUUCAGUUGCUUCAUCUAUUCCCCACCUUAGGCCUCCGGAGGUGAAUUGGGUCAGCUUUCUUCCCAAGCAGUUUUUGCGGGUCAUCAAGCCAGCAGACCAGCAAUGGAUUGCACAGUGCCUUUAUAAUUCUACUGGACAGUUUAAACAACACUUCUCACAAAACUGGUUUCAUCCACCCUCUCUACCAAAGAUAAUGAAUGCACCUCCAGAUCCCCUGGUCUACUUCAGGCAGAGGAUGUUUUUAUGGGCACCUAUGCGGAUGUGGGGUAUUUCUCUUAAGUGUCAUCAAUGUAACACCAAGAUGCAUCACUCUGGGAUCUACACAAAGGUCAGAGAAGUUAUAGAUCUUGAUUCAAGAUAUUAUUUGAUUGGGGGAGAUUAUCCACGGUGCAGUAAAUGCAUGAUUCCUGUUUGUCCAUGGAGCACAGAGGUGCUAAAUCAGUUAGAUCCUGCCCAUAGAAACAGGUUUCCAGCCAUUCUCACCACACAACUGGCUCUGGACAAAAGGUGUGUGACUUUGCUGAAACCACGCACUGUUGGAAAUAGCUCCAGUUACGUGCAGCAAGCAUUAGAAGAACUGCACAGUGAGGAGUGGGCAAAACGCACCAUCGAUUAUCUGACUGACUGUGAGCUUCACAAGAAGAAGACCGCGUUAAGUAGGAUCCAUGAAGUGGUCUAUCAGAAUCCACCAGAGUUUAGCCCCCUUCCUCUUGCACAGUGGUUUGAGACUGUGCAUGCCAAUGAAAUACUCUGUCACUUGUCCGAGAUGAAGGGUGUCAUCACGUCAACAUAUGGAAGGAUUUUAAAGCUUGAUUCAACCAAAAAGAUCACCAAGAAACUUGCUGGUGGAAUUUCUGAGACCGCUACAUGGAUGACAAACAUCACCAAUGAAUAUGGCCAGGUUCUGAACUGUGUGCUGACCACAGGUGAAGGAGCAGGGUUAGAGGAACUGUGCCAAGGAAUUGUCAUGCGCUUCCGGAAUGCUGGGGAACCAGAGCCACAAAUCCUUUAUGUUGACAGAGACUGCUGUAGUGAAUCAGGUGUGCCUCCAGUGCUUGAGUGGUUUCGACCAUGGAAAACUAAAGUGAGGCUUGACAUCUUUCAUUACAUGAGACGAUUCACAACCGGUCUCACCACAGAACAUCAUCCUCUUUAUGGAACUUUCUGCUCCAAGCUGUCCUGCUGCAUUUUUGAAUGGGAUCAAGAUGAUGUCAGCUGCCUUAAAGAAGCAAAGAGGUCAGAGCUGAAGAAAAAAUAUACUGGUCAUCCUCCCACUGACGCCCAAGUUUUGGCCAACAUUAAUUCGAGUGAGCUUGCUAAACAUUGCAGAAGAAGGACAAGAGGGGUAGAAGAAACCCGGAACCUCAUUCAGGAAUUAUUAAACUCCAUGUGGGAACUGACUGACACCUCAGGUCUCCGCCUGAUCAACCCUGAGAGCAUGACUCAUGUGUGGCAAGUGCAGCAGAAGCACCUGCCAUGCAUCCAAGAUCCACCUGGUGUUGAACUGUACACCAAGCUUCGCUCAACACAAAAGGGAGACAAAGAAGUUCAAACCUUCAGAUGUAGCAGGGGCUCGUCUUCAGUUGAAAGCUUUCAUCGACACCAGUGCUCCUUCAUACCAGGAUGGAGAAGCAAUGCCAUGCACACUCAAAUGUAUAUGCUUGAGGGUGGAUCCAGAUGGAACAUGAAAAGAACCCAAGAAGCUUUAGAUAUGAGUCGCAGAUCGCACAGUAAACUCUAUGAUGUUCGUCUGAUGUCCAACCUCAACACUCUGAGCAACAAAGUGCUGGGUCAUGCCCUCUUGCCAGAGUUUGUUCCCCCAGGCUGUCCGACAGGUGAGCGGAUUGCUGUGGAGUAUCUUCUUGCACAGUCAGACAGAGGAGACCUCUUAGGUCCCCAGCAGGACAGCGAACUGGGAGUUAUUUUGCCAGAGAUGCCAGCUAACGCUCAGGAGGACAGUCCUGAUGUCACCAUCAGUGACGUCACUGACAUUCUCUCAGAGAGCCCCCACGACAUGCUACAGUGUGAAAGCCAGUUGGAAAUGCCAUCCCCUAACAUUCUUUUUCUCCAGGAAGAAUCUUCUCCCAUGUCAUCUCAGGAAACCAGUAUCGACUCAACCCCUGCCUCUCCCACUCAUGCUGCUGCUUCAGUCGGAGGUCAGCUUACUGAUGACCACUCCUUUAGUGGACCAAGUAGCUGUUCCCAGGUGGACCAAGUAUCCCAGGAGACCCGGUGUGACUACAGAGGUUUUCCUGGAUGGGAGGCAGUUGACAGCUUGGCAGAGUACCUUUUGAGCCUCAACAGAACAAUAACUGCAUUGUCAACAACAGAGGUAGAAAAUGUCUUGCAGCUGUAUUCUAACCUGCAUGCUAUGGACAAGCAGCCUGCCAAAUACACCUUAAAAACCAAGAAGAGCACGUUACCAGGACCUUGGAGGGCUUCCCGGAAACGAAGUGGCUCUGCACCUGGUCAGCAAGCAGCUGAAAGACUCUUCAUGACCCAUGGCCAGGCUGCCCAGAGACCUGACGCAAACAGAGUGUCUGAGUGCGUUUGCCUCAAGCUGUUGAAAGAAUAUCAGCAAGCAAGAAACCGACCAAAAGACAGCAAGGGGAAGGUUUUACCCAUCCCACAAUCUAUUGUUCAAACGUACUGCCACUUUAAACAACUACUUGAGGACUCCAGGCCCAUACAGGACCAGACCAACUUGUUGUUGGUCACCAUCAACAAUACCACUGUGUGUGCUUGGCUACAUGAGCGGCAGAAGAGAACAGACAGGGACACUCUUCUCCAAGGUGUGAAUCUUCCUCCGAAGGUGUCCGUGGCUGACGCCUCCUUUCCACAAGCGAGACAGCUCCCCUCCCUUCCUGUGGAACAUGGACAUAAAAGCAUGGAGUUUAAGGAACCUGAAAACAGAGAAGGCGAGGCACUGAUCCGUCAACGGGUUGGUGGUAAAGCUGGCUCCGCCCAGCAAUGUCCUCCUUCAUACCAGCCAGGACUCUUUUCACAGGCCCCAGUUCCUGCCAGCUUCCUGUGUCCACAGACUAACCAGCCACCAUCAUCUGCUUGGUCCUACUGUGAGCAGAAUCAGAUGCCACAAGCGCCAUCCACUUCUUUGGGUUUCUGCUACGGUCCACCAGCUCCAGUUUUGACCUCAUUUGGACAAGGACAGUUCCCACCCCUGCCAUCUCCUCUGGGUCCAUUAUAUCAGUACUAUAGACCACCACUUCACUCAUCAAUCCCAGCAGCUGCUGCUGGUUCAGCAUCAUCAUCACCAUCAGAUCAGGCUCCAGCCAACAUGAAUCGCUACAGGAAGUGGAGACAGAAUAGGGCAGAAUUAGAAGACCAGGAACGCCUGGCAAGAGGGGAGCCUCCCAAAAAGCGCCAAUGGAAGCAGGACUACCACUAUCAGUGUUCAGUUUGUGGCCAGGCGAAAAACAAAAGCACUGGCCAUACACAGAUUAAGGGAAAAUGGUACUGUCCAGCCUCUGGACAGACCAUUUUGGAAUGGAAAGAGUCUCUUGGGAAGCAGUGACUGUUUGAAAGAUUUUCUUUUUAGUUUUCAUCUUUUAAUAUCUCAUCAUUUUUGUUCUAGGUGUUGCUAUCUGUAUGUUUUUAGUGAGCCUUUAGGUGCUGCUUUAUACAUGUUGAGGUAUAUUGUUAGUCCUCUGUGAAUGUAGUUGUGUAAGAGUGAAUAAAUGUCAC